GAGCCUGGAAGAGGAAGGGAGAGGAGAGCCUGGAAGAGGAAGGGAGAGGAGAGUCUGGAAGAGGAAGGGAGAGGAGAGCCUGGAAGAGGGAGGGAGAGGAGAGCCAGGAAGAGAGAGGAGAGUCUGGAACAGGAAGGGAGAGGAGAGCCUGGAAGAGGAAGGAGAGGAGAGCCAGGAAGAGAGAGGAGAGCCUGGAAGAGGAAGGGAGAGGAGAGCCUGGAAGAGGAAGGAGAGAAGAGUCUGGAAGAGGAAGGAGAGGAGAGUCUGGAAGAGGAAGGAGAGGAGAGCCAGGAAGAGGAAGGAGAAGAGAGCCUGGAAGAGGAAGGGAGAUGAGAGCCUGGAAGAGAAAGGGAGAGGAGAGCCUGGAAGAGGAAAGGAGAGCCUAGAAGAGGAAGGAAAAGAGAGGAGAGCCUGGAACAGGAAGGAGAGGAGAGCCUGGAACAGAAAGGGAGAGAAGAGGAGAGCCUGUAAGAGGAAGGGAGAGGAGAGCCUGUAAGAGGAAGGGAGAGGAGAGCCUGGAAGGAGAGGAUAGUCUGGAAGAGGAAGAGAGGGAAGAGGAAGGAGAGGAGAGCCUGGAAGAGGAAGAGAGGGAAGAGUCUGGAAGAGGAAGGAGAGGAGAGCCUGGAAGAGGAAGGAGAGUGGUCCUACAUGGAGUGGCAUUACUAUGGGUUCCUCUCUGGUGGCCCGGGACACCCCUGAGGGUUAGCGUGCCUCGUGGUCCUUCAUCUGCCCGGCCGGACCCCCUGAACUUCACAACCUUUAGAUACAGACUGUGCGAGAGCCGUCUUCCCUGAUCAUCUCGGCGAAGGCUUUGAGGGAUGUUCUAGAGACGUUGCCUCUCUCCUGGCAUGUGUCAGGUGGUUCCAGUGCAGUCACAUGACGCGUCUUCUCCCCCAGGUGUGGUAAUGAUCAGAUGUGGCGCGGAGCUGAUGCUCAUUAGCUUCAGUCGUGGCUCUUUAGGUCCUCACUUCCGGGCUCAGGUGCGUUCUGCCUCCCCGGGGGGCGCUGCUUGGGAUCCGUUACUAAGGUUCACGUCACCUGUGCCUCUGGUGUGACACAGCGCCCGCAGUAUAGACACCACACAGGACGCCGAUCCCACCAGCUGCAGCCAUGAAUACCCUAACCCAGAUGAUGUCCCACCGAGCCGAGAGGAUGGAGAAAGAGGAAAUCAAAGCCUGGACCAAGCCCUUAGAGAACACCAACAACCCCAGCACCCAGAAGCGGGCGUUGAUCCUGGACCCGGCCGGUAGCUGGUACUACGCUUGGCUCAACAUCAUGGUCGUCCCCAUCACAUACAACUGGGUCAUCAUCAUCUGCAGGUCUUGCUUCACUGAGAUGCAGUACGAGUACCUGCUGGUGUGGCUGUGCCUGGACUAUCUGUGCGACAUCCUCUACAUCAUGGACAUAGUCGCCAACUUCCAUACAGGUUUCCUGCAGGAAGGGAUCCUGGUCACCCACAGACGUCUGAUCGCCGGUCACUACGUCCGCUCCACCAAGUUCCGUUGGGACCUCCUGUCCAUCCUCCCCACAGACUUCCUGUACUUCAGGUUCGGCAUCCAUACGCCGGCCGUCCGGGUCAAUCGCUUCCUCCGUUUCCAUCGUUUGUUCGAGUCGUUUGACCGCACAGAGACGCGGAUCCCAUACCCCAAUGUCUUCCGGAUCUGUAAGCUGAUGGCCUACAUCUUCGUGGUCAUCCACUGGAACAGCUGCAUCUACUUUGCCCUCUCCAGUUACGUGGGGUUUGGGAAGGAUGAGUGGGUGUACCCCAACAUCUCACACCCCGACUUUGGACGUCUGGGGCGUAAGUAUCUGUACAGCUUCUACUUCUCCACCCUCAUCCUGACCACGGUGGGGGACAUCCCCGCCCCCAUGCAGGAAGAGGAGUACAUCUUCAUGGUGGUGGACUUCCUCAUCGCCGUCCUCGGAUUCGCCACCAUCAUGGGGAGCAUGAGCUCCGUGGUCUCCAAUGUGAACAGUGCCGACAAGUCCUUCUACCCCAGUUACGACCAGGUGAAGCUGUACAUGAAGAUGUAUAAGGUGAACAGGAGCCUGAAGAAGAAGGUGAUAGCCUGGCACCAGCACCUGCAGAUCAACAAGAAGCUGACCAACGAGAACCAGAUCCUGGAGAACCUGCCCGUGAGGUUACGGGUGGAGGUGGCGGUCAGCGUCCACAUGUCCACCCUGAGCAAAGUGCAGAUCUUCCAGCACUGUGAGAAGGGUCUUCUGGAGGAGCUGGUGCUGAAGCUGAAGCCACAAGUCUACAGCCCCGGGGAGUACGUCUGCAAGAAAGGCGACAUUGGCCGCGAGAUGUACAUCAUCAAGGAGGGCAAGCUGGCCGUGGUGGCCGAUGACGGGGUCACGCAGUUCGCAGUCCUCGGGGAAGGCAUGUACUUUGGGGAGAUCAGUAUCCUCAAUAUCAAGGGUAACACAUCUGGGAACCGCAGAACCGCAAACAUCAGAAGCAUUGGCUACUCGGAUCUGUUCUGCCUCUCCAAGGAGGAUCUAAAUGACGCCCUGAGUGAGUAUCCUGAUGCCAAGGCUAUGCUGGAGGAAAAGGGCCGAGAGAUUCUCCUGAAGAUGAAUAAACUGGACGAGAACCUGGCCGCUGAGCUGGUGGCCAAGCAACAAGAGAUGGACAACAAGCUGAGGCGCCUGGAGGUCAACCUGGACUCUCUGCAGACCAAGCUGGCCCGGCUCCUGGCUGAGCUGGAGUCCAGCGCCGUCAAGAUGUGUCAGAGGAUCAAACAUCUGGAGUGGGAGAUAAGCUUGUGGGAGGAAGAGGAGUCUGAGCAGGGGCCCCAAGAUGGACAAUGACCCUGGGGGUCUAGGAAGAGACCCCUACAAUAUGGUGACGGAGCAGAUGUAUCAGGUGCAAUAGUCUCCACAUACAGAGCAGAACUGCAGGAAGGAACCAAGAAAGAGAAGUCAUAGAGAGACAAUAGGCAGGAAACAUAGGGUGGGCUCUGGCCAUGUGGACCCCUAGACUCCAUGAUGGGGGAAUAACAACUACAGCCUCCUAGGAAAUAACAAGCAGAUUGUGUCCCCUCUGUUAUCGUCACGUGAUCCAGGGUUGGGCCCGAGCAGUAAAGAUGGCGGCCGUGGCCUAGUGAGGACUCCCUAUAAUCUUAGUCCUCCUGAUACACGCUCUCCAUUCGUGGGGUAGUAUUGGAGCCUUCCCGUUCCAAUAUAUUGCCAUCAUGUGAGUGAAAAAAAUUAAAAACUUUUAAAAAAAUUUGCCAGAAAAUAAA